AUGGCGGAGACCACCCGCUUCUUGCUGCGGCACGGCGGCAUCCCGUAUGCGGACGGCCUGGGGUUGCUCGUCCUGCCGCCGCCCCCCCACGCGUCGCGUCCGGGCCCCGCGGCCUGGGGCGGGCUAGCGGUCCAGGACGAGGUGGUCUGGGGACGCGUGUUCGCCGAGAGGCGAGCGCGGGGCGAGUACCCGUUCGACAAGGUGCCCGUGAUCUUCGCGGACGGCCUGCCGAUCGCGCAGAGCGGCUCUAUGGCGCGGAUGGCGGCGAAGCUGGCUGGCUGCUACCCGGACGACCCAGUGGUGUGCGCUCUGAACGAUGCGGUGUUCGAGAUGGCCCAGGAACUCUGCACAAUCAACCCGAUGAUCAACUGCUACACGGGGCGGCAAUUCGAACAGAUCAGAGGCUGGUACUUCAGCGAGCUGCCGAGGCACCUGGCCAACAUCGAGGCCGCGGAUGCCGAGCUACCAGAGUCGGCGUCGGAAAUUACGGGCUAUAUCAAGAUCCGCACGAAGUCGCAGCGGAGGGAUGUGCAGGCAUCAUGUCUGCCGGCCUCGCAGUUCGGCGAGGCGUUCAACGAGUUGCGCGUCGAGACCAGCAUGUCGCUAGAGGCCACAGAGAAGUUGGCGGCGGACUUGGGGGGCGAGUUCGGGGGGCGCCUCGCCGCAGUGGGGCCAAGCAUGGAGCGCAGCCAAACGCCCGCGCAGCUGCAGAUGGACGGCGACGCCUCUGAGCACGCCAUCGAGGAGCAGUCUUUUGGUGGAGUUCGGUGGCAGUUUUUGUCGCCAGCUCACAUGCCCGCUGCACUUACUGCGCCGCCCAUCGUGGCAAGCCAUAGUUUGGCGUUGCAGGUGCGCAGAAAAGGCGCCGCGCGCUUGAUUUUUGCGAAGAAUCCCGGGGCCGAGGCGACCAGGGACGCCGCGACCAGGUCUCGGCGCCGGUCUGCCGCCCCCGAGAUGUGCCCGCCAGCCCACGCCAUGUGCCCGCCAGCCCAGGCAGAGCCCACGUGGCGCGUAGAGGGGGAGGCCGGCGCGUGGCGCGCGGUCGUUGACGCACAGGAGAGGCCCGAGGUGGAGCUCAGCGAGCACAGCGUUCGCCUGGGGGCCACGGGCACCGCCAUGUCCGCCACGCUCCCGCUGCCGGCGGAGGCGUGCCCCGUUGAUGUCGAGGGCGCCAGGUGCACCUACUCGCGCAAGAGGCGGCAGCUCGUGGUCGAGUGGCGGGCGCUCGCGCCCACUGCUGGCCAGAAGACCGGCGGCGGGCGCGCAGAGGUGGCCGCGGCGGAGGCGCCAGCAGCCGUUGCCCAGGUCACCGACGUCGCCUCCAAGGAGCCGCCCGCGCGGGAGGUGCCAGGUUCAGACGAGGCAGGCGCCGUCACGGUCCAGGAGCCGCCCGCGCCGUGUGGGCCAGACAGCCUCGCGGCGGAAAGCGUGGAGGCCACAGGGGCUAACGCGGAGGAGCCACAGGUACCCGAGGGCGUUGCGGCGGAGGCCGCCAGGGCCGCCACGCAGGAGUCGCCCUCGCCGCCGAAGGGUCAACAUUGCAAGGCGGCGGGCGCCGUUGCCGAGGGGGCCAGCGACGACGCGGAGUUAAGCGUGAGCGCCGAGGAGUGCAAGUCGCUCGGUAACGCGGCUGUGGCCGCUGGCGACCAUGGCGCGGCCGUGGAGCAUUACUCCCGAGGCUUGCUGGCGCAGCCAGAUCACGCGAUCCUGCUGUCCAACCGCGCCCUCUGUUUGCACAAACUCGGCCAGCUGCAGGAGGCCCUCGCAGAUGCCACCAGGUGCGCUGCGCUCAGGCCCGACUUCUGGAAGGGCCACUUGCGCGCCGCGCUGGUGCUGCGAGACCUGAAGCGCCCCGUGGAGGCGCUGGAGCUGCUGAGGAGGGCGGGCAAGCACGAGGAGAUCGAAAAGCUGUCGGCGGAGCUGCGGCCCGAGGCUGAGGCCGCCGAGGCCGAGCGCAUCGCUGGCCUCGGCGGCGCGGAGCGCUGCAAGGAGGAAGGCAAUGCCCUGUUCAAGAGGGGCCUCUUCGAGCAGGCGCUGACCAAGUACGGUGAGGCGCUCGCGCUCUGCGAGGGCGGCGACGCAGGCGAGCUGGCGGUUUCGAUCAGGAACAACAGGGCGGCGUGCUACCAUCAGCUCUCGGACUUCGGCUCCGUGGUGGCCGAGACCACGGCGGUGCUCGAGCAGCAACCAGACAACCUGAAGGCCCUGGCGAGGCGCAUGCUCGCGUUGGAGCCACUGGAGAAGCACGAGCGGGCCCUGGAGGACGCCCGUCGCGUGCUCCGCCACUGCCCAGGCCAUGAUGCCGCGAACAGGGUGCAGCACCGCCUCGGGAAGCUGGUCCGCGACCUCCAGCGGGAGCAGGGCAAGGGCGCGUGA